AGCGACUUUUGUGCAAUGUGCAAUAUGGCCGAGGACAAUGGCAAGGGUGCUUGUUACGGUUUUCGGAUUUUACCUUAAAUUGUGCGGUAUAAGUGUUUAUUGAGUGUAGUAUAACGAUUACGUCUGUUAUAUUUCCCGAAUACGCUUGUCACAAAUAUGAUGGCUGCAGCUAUACAGGAGAAUGGGCUGCAGUUAUUACCAAAUGGAAACCUAGCCCACAAUAUAGGUAAUGUUGAGCCAGAGACGGAGCCUGAUGGGACUUCCCAGCGUCUCAUGCCUGCUGAAGGCCCUCAGCAGCCUAUCGCACAGGCUGAAAAUCAGACUGACAGUGGUGAAACACCUGAAAUAGACAUUGUAAUAAACAAUGUGGUUUGCAGCUUUAGUGUGAGGUGCCAUCUCAAUCUACGACAGAUUGCACUGAAUGGUGCCAACGUUGAAUAUAGGAAAGAGAACGGGAUGAUAACCAUGAAACUUAGGAAGCCAUACACAACUGCAUCCAUGUGGUCUUCUGGUAAAAUAACUUGCACUGGGGCAACAAGUGAAGAACAAGCAAAAAUUGCAGCAAGACGUUUUGCAAGAUGCUUACAGAAACUUGGUUUCAACACUAGGUUCAACAAUUUUAGGGUAGUAAAUGUGCUAGGCACAUGUUCCAUGCCAUUUGCUAUUAAAAUAACAGCAUUUUCUGAACGCUACAAAGAGACUGCUGAUUAUGAACCUGAGCUUCAUCCAGGUGUUACAUAUAAGCUUAAACAGCCAAAAGCAACACUCAAAAUAUUUUCGACUGGUAGCAUCACAGUAACAGCACCAAGUGUUGCUGAUGUUCAGGCAGCCAUAGAGCGUAUUUUUCCUCUAGUCUAUGAAUUUCGUAAGGAGCGUACAAAAGAAGAUUUACUUGCAAUGGAGUGGAAGCGCAGAGGACAGAAACGGAAACGCAGUUACACGCACAUAGAGAUUGAAGAACCAGAUGGUUUUGAGGACCCCUUGAUGGACACGGAGGAUGAUGAUGAAAAUUAUGACAGUGAAAAAAGCUGGGAUUGAACUUCCAAAUUUGUGGAGUGUUAUUGAGGAAAGUGUGGAAAACUGAUUGUGUAAACUCAUAUCAUGGAAAGACUUGUGCUGCAGACUGAAGUGUGUUUGUAGGAAAUACAUGAUUGUAUAAAGUGCAUGUGAUUUGAAUUAUGAGCAGUAAGUGUCCAGAGCAUUUUCAAAAAUGAAAUGAGAAGUAACAUUUUCAUGUAUAUUGUUACUUUUAAUUUACUUGCACAGUGUUAGAAUGCCUUGAAUGUGCUUGCUAUAAUACUCAUUAUUUAUGACCGCAUUUUUUUUUUGCAGUCUCAUCACAUCAUAAUGUUAUUUAUUUACAUUGCAUGUUAAAGAAAUCACCUUUAUAAAUAAACUUGCAUAAGUUUUUUGCAGAAUGCACAUUUGUAAACUUUACUCAUGCAAGUGUUUAUCAUUUGUAAGUUAAGAGUAGUUUAUGGCAUUCUGAGUCACAAAAGAUGACUGCAGUUAAAAAAUAAGUGGGAACAAAAAUUAUUUACAUUUUGCAGAAAGUGUUUAUAGUGUUGUUUGUGAACAAAAGAUGUAUUACUCAUGUUGAAAUAAAUUGCUUCUGUACAGUUUUGAAUGAGGCAAUAGUGUGCAAAACAUGUAAUCAACCCUUGUACAAAGAAAAUACAAUCUAUUAUUAAGAUUCAUUUUAUAAAGUAAUUUGUGACUGAAAUUUUGUUUUAGACUUCAGAUUGACGUGUACGAUAAGGAAGAAGCGAUUUCAUUCAAUGCAUUGGUAACUGCAAUAAAUGUGACUGCCUGUUUCUGUGUUAACCAGUGCCAGUGAUGUAUUCCAAAUAUAAACAAACUAUUGUGUGUGUUCGUGGUGUUAAGUGUUUUCAUUUUAAUUGUUAUUUAACAAGAGUUUUUUGUUACAUAUUUUACUUCAGACAGUAAGAAACAGGAUGAUAUUGAAGAGUUUGUGAUACAGCUGCUACUGCUAAACCAUAACCGAAGUGGUUUUUGUUCCACCGCAUUUGUGAAUGUCUUCACUAUUAGUCAUUUAGUGAAUUUUUGUAUUUGUUCACCAGUUACUUAAUAAUAUAUCAAUAUAUGCUGUAA